AUGUCCAAUGAUCAACUUCCACGAAAACCACUCAUCGAGCAAGUGACAAACAAGUGGCGCGAUCAAAAAAGCGAUCCAGCACAGAAAUCACCGGAAACACUCGACGAGGCGUUAUGCUCCUGCGAUCUCGAAGACGACGCGAGUUUUCCGAACGCGACCUAUAGACUCGUCACCUCACAUCGCUUUCGACGGCUCGUGAUUCUGGUCGCAACAAUUGCCCUCGCUUUGGGCUUCACGUGGAAGGAAUACAUUGGGCCUCAGAUACAUCGGCAGCAAGAUUUGCUGGCGUUCAUGUCGCCGAACAAUGGCACGUAUGGCAUCGCACAAGGCGGGCACGACAAGGAUCUUGUCAAAAUUAUGCAUUUGGAUCCGAGUUUAAUUCCUGGCGGCCAAUCUGAUCCGGAAGGCAGGCGGCGACUCAUAUUCAUAGGAGAUGUCCAUGGCUGCAGGCAGGAGCUACAACAUGUUCUACGCAAGUCCAAUUUCAACGAAGAAACAGACCAGCUGAUCCUUGUUGGGGACGUUGUCUCAAAAGGACCCGACAGUCCAGGCACCUUGGACGAGCUCAUCAAGCUCAAUGCCAUCAGUGUUCGAGGCAAUCACGAAGAUCGGCUACUCACAGCAGCGAAGCUUUCAGGUCCUGGUCAAAACGACGACCCAACCACAGUGUCCACAUCGAGCAAGGGAGCAGCGAAGGAUGCGCUCCUGCUCCGACACAUGAAGCCGCAUCACCUACACUACCUACGCAAGAUGCCUCUCAUUCUUCACAUCCCUGCCCUCCCUAUGGCUUUGCCUCCCUCAAAAUCCAAGCAUUCUCCUAUCGCGGAACACAUGCUCGUCGUACACGCAGGACUCGUGCCUGGUGUCCCUCUCGAGCGGCAAGAUCCGUAUUUCGUCGAAAACAUGCGGUCCAUUCAUCACAAGACGCACAUUCCAUCCGUUUCGCGCUCAGGCAAAUCAGAUGGCAGGAAACCUUGGAUCGAGAUUUGGAACUGGUACAACGACCGGCUCUAUCGACGGCGCUCACCUGAAGUCGUGAUUUAUGGUCAUGACAGCCGAGCUGGUCUACAGAUCCAUCGCUGGACGAAAGGGCUCGACUCAGGUUGCGUCUCGGGCGGGAAGCUCACCGCUAUGAUAUUGAACGCAAAAGGCGAGCAGGAACUCGUCAGCGUCGCGUGCGAGAAUCACCGGGCGUGA